AUGACUACAACUGCAGAGCGAAGGUUCAUUCAUCUCAGGAAACGUCUAGAUCAACUGGGCUAUCAACAACCAUUGGGAGUGGAGAGUUUCCCUUUGGUGGAAAAGCUUUUUAGUGACCUUGUUCAUACAACCGAGAGCUUACGCAGUGCAAAGUUAUCUGCUGGAAAAACUGAAAAAGAAUGUAGCAAUUACGAUGCUGUUCUGGAACCUUAUAAAACAGAGAAUGCUAAACUCACGAGGGAAAAUAAUGAACUACAUUUACAAAUAUUAAAACUGAAAGAGCAAUCUGAUCGUCAUGUUAAAGAUUUGAAAGCCUCCUUAAGGAGGGUUGAACAUGAAACAUCUGACUUGAAAUUUCUGAAUAACCAAUAUGUACAUAAAAUUAAAAUGCUGGAAAAAGAGAACAAAGCCAAGACUGAAAAAAUUCAGCAGCUUCAGGAGAAGAAUCUGCAAGCAGUGGUGCAAACACCUGGUGGCAAAAAAAGAAGCAUUCCCUUCAGGCGUCAGCGCAUGCAGAUCGACCAGCCUGUCCCUCCGUCAGGUGUUAGUGCCUAUCCAGUUCCUCAGCCAGAGGACCCGUAUAUCGCAGACCUCCUUCAGGUGGCUGAUAACCGAAUUCAUGAGCUUCAGUCAGAAGUAAAAGAGCUACAGGAAAAACUGGAGAUAUCUGAACGUGGAAUGAAAAAUUACAGCAAACAGGUUGAGCUACGAGACAAAGAAAUAGAGCGCCUGGUGCUGGCAUUGGAUGGUGGUCGUUCUCAUGAGGUUCUCUCUCUGGAGUCGAGAAGUAAAAGUAAUGAGAAGCUUAUCGCCCAUUUGAAUUUGCAGGUUGAAUAUCUUCAGCAAACAAACAAAGAACUUGAAAAUCGCAUCCAAGACCUCUUGGACACUAAAAAAAACGUGACUAGCGAGGUAGUGCAUUUAAGUAAUAAAAAUGAAGAACUGUGUCAAGAGCUGAAUGAAAUAGACCACUUGGCACAGCAGUUGGAAAGACACAAGGAAAUUGUGCUCGAGACCGCAGAUAAGGAAAUAGGAGAAGCAAAGAAAGAAAUUGAAAAAAAGCACAGUGAAAUACAGGAUCUUGAAGAAACAGUAACAAGGCUUAAAUCAGAGUUGUGCUCAUGUCGUAGGGAGAAUGAGAGACUGAGUGAAGAGCUCUUUGCAAAAGCAGAUGAUAAAGAGAAUCUUGAGGUAUUGUUAAACCAACUUGAACAAGAGAAACAAAGGCUAACAGAAAAAACUGAGAACUUCGAAAUAAAAGAACGUGAACUUGUCCUAGAAAUAGAAAGAAUGAGAUUAGAAUAUGGUGUAGCCCUGGGAGACAAAUCUCCAUCUCGUUUAGAUGCAUUUGUAAAGACUUUAGAAGAUGACAGAGAUUAUUAUAAGCGAGAAUUAGAAUAUCUUCAGAAAAUGAGGAAACGAAGGCCUAGCCCAAGCCGUAAGACUCCAGAGAAGAGUGAAGACCAUAAAUUGAUCACCAGAGAAAGAGAUGAGCUGCGGUCCACAUUAGAAAGAUUUGGAAAACACAUGGUAGAAAUUCAAUCCAAUGUCAAAUUAUUGACUGCAGAAAGGGAUCGAUUAAAUGCUCUUUAUGAGCAGUCUCAGGGUGAAUUAAACAGGAUGAAAAGAGAAGCAAAACACAGUUUAGUUUCUCAGAGUCACGUGGAAGAAGAAAGAGACAUUGCAUUGACUGACUUCAGAAGGCUAAUGGCAGAAAAAGAAAGCCUCAGAGAAAAAUUAAAG